AAUUUCCACCAAUUAAGCAGGAUGUGAGUACAAUGGAUACAAGUGGUGAUAAUGACUCACAAACUAGUAACCAAGAUUUGGGAAUCGUGGAUGCAAGUGGUAUAAAUUUGGAUGCUAGUGGUGAUGAUGAUCCACAAACUUGGCCGAUCUAUCAAAACGAAAGUGAAAGUGAUAUACCAAACCAAUCGCUUGCUGAGGAUGCUCCUGCAACU